AUGACUGCUCGUUUCUCUCACUUCGAAUCCUUGAACACAAAGCAGACUAUUGAUGAUUAUCUUCUCUGUCAACUCGUUUCGCUGGACGAAGCCGUGAUUCCAGUAUCCCAUAUUGUCAAUAACGUGCUUGCCUAUGUCGCUACGGCUAAACUUGCAUGUCAAUCACCAGCAAACAAGCUUACUCAAGAUGAAUCAGCUUCUAUAUAUCUAUACACGAUGGACACAGAAUUUUACUAUAAAAUGAACAAAGCGUUGCGAAAAAAUGCAGUAGAGAAGAUAAAACCGUGGUUUCUGUAUCUGAAACUUUUUCAUACGGCUUUAAACAAAUUACCCUCGAAAAAACGACGCGUCUGGCGAGGCAUUAAAGAAAAUGCUAGCAGUCAAUAUACAAAAGGUACUCAAUUCGUUUGGGCAGGCGCGUCAUCGACUUCGACUGAGCUCGAAGUAGUAGAACGCUUCUUGUCUAGNAAAGCGUUGCGAAAAAAUGCAGUAGAGAAGAUAAAACCGUGGUUUCUGUAUCUGAAACUUUUUCAUACGGCUUUAAACAAAUUACCCUCGAAAAAACGACGCGUCUGGCGAGGCAUUAAAGAAAAUGCUAGCAGUCAAUAUACAAAAGGUACUCAAUUCGUUUGGGCAGGCGCGUCAUCGACUUCGACUGAGCUCGAAGUAGUAGAACGCUUCUUGUCUAGUACGACGCACAGUACACUUUUUACAAUCGAUUGUCUUUAUGGAAAGUCAGUAGUGGAACACAGUGCUAUACCCAAUGAGCAAGAAAUUAUUCUUAUGCCCGGAACGAAACUGAUUGUUAAAAGUAUUCUACAUCGUUCUGGACUUGAUAUUAUUGAACUUAAAGAGAAGAAAAAUCCGAAUGUCAAAAAUAAUCUCGCAAUACUUCCUGCCAUACAAGCAUCAGCACAAGCGGAAAAUCCAUCUGUGAUCAAAUCGAAAGUACCGCCAGUAUCGAAUCCAAAAGCUGUAUUACCGUCAAUCAAGCGAUCAGAAGCAAAGGAAAUUGUACAAGAUAACUCUGAACCAACAAAGACGUUGAUUUGUCCACAUUGCCGCGAAGCCAAUACUUUUUCUCAGUAUAAACAAGGAUCUACAUCCCGAUGCUAUUCAUGCAAGACUACUUUUAAGCAAGUAACAUGUCCUCAUUGCCAAGGCGCAAACUAUUGGAAAAAUCCUCAAGAUUAUACCACAAGCAAUUGUAUCGAAUGCGUUAAUUGUCAGAAAUCAUUUCAACAACUGAACUGCCCUCAUUGUAAUCAGUCCAACUACUGUCCCGAUGCUGAUUAUAUUGAAGGAAGCACAGUUAGCUGUUGUACUUGUAAGAAAACAUUUCAAACCAUGGUUUGCUCUCAUUGUUCGUCAGAAAAUGUUUGGCGGAAUGCUGAUCAUAUCGAAGGCUCUCGGGUGACAUGUGCGAACUGCAAAAAAGAUUUUCAAAAAGCAAACGCUUCACCUGCGCAUCUUGCAAGAAAGUAUUUCAGAAGAUUACUUGUCCACAUUGCAACAAACUCUGUUCUUGGAAGAAUGCAGAUUAUCUUCUCGGCACUCGGACGUCGUGUUGGUCAUUGGUUGAAGUCGGAGUACGAGCAAGGGACUAUUGUAAACUGUGGUUCUUGCUCGAAAAAGUUUCAACAAAUCAAUUGCCCUCAUUGUAAAAUAACGAAUUGGUGGCAAGGUGGCGAUUACAAACAAGGACAAGCGACGAACUGCUGGUCAUGUAAAAAGAACUUUCAACGUGUUGCCUGUCCGAACUGCUCGACAAGCAAUCUUUGGAAGGAUGCAAACUAUCAUCAUGGACAACGGCGAACUUGUUUCAACUGUAACAAGCCUUUUCAAAUGACGCAAUGUCCUCAUUGCGAAGGGAUUGAAUUUUUUUCAACAGGUUCUUACCGCCAAGGUAAUCGAACUACUUGUCUUCAUUGCAAACAAACAUAUCAAUUAAUCAAUUGUCCUUAUUGUUCCAAAGCACUAUAUUAUUACUCCUCAAAUGGAUAUCAGCAGAAUCUAUUAACUAAUUGCUAUUCGUGUAAACAAUCAUUCUACCAUCUGAACUGCUCUAAUUGUGGCAAUGCUGAGUACUUCAAACAAGAGUAUAGUUAUGGAUCUCGUGAUAAAUGUUCGUCGUGUGAUAUAACAUCACAAUAUGUCAAAUGUUNUCAAUUAAUCAAUUGUCCUUAUUGUUCCAAAGCACUAUAUUAUUACUCCUCAAAUGGAUAUCAGCAGAAUCUAUUAACUAAUUGCUAUUCGUGUAAACAAUCAUUCUACCAUCUGAACUGCUCUAAUUGUGGCAAUGCUGAGUACUUCAAACAAGAGUAUAGAUAUGGAUCUCGUGAUAAAUGCUCGUCGUGUGAUGUAACAUCACAGUAUGUCAAAUGUUUUCAUUGUAAUUCUAUGAACUCGUGGCAGUGCAGUACGGCAAAAUAUGUGUAUGGCCACGGACGGAUUGUGACAUGUAAUCAGUGCAAUCAAAAAUACCAACAUUUGCAGUGUCCACAUUGCAGCUCGACAAAUUAUUUCUCCACUUGUGAUUACAAUGAAGGAAAUACUGUGCGAUGUCCUGGAUGUCAACAAUUGUAUCAACACAAACAAUGUACGUCGUGUAAUGCGCCGAAUUAUUUUCCUAAUGCUGACUAUAAUUCUUCGGAAUCAUAUAUGUGUGCAGAAUGUGAUGCAACUAUUUGA